CGACGGCACACGAGAGGCGGAAGGCGGAAACGGAACGGAAGCGGAGACAAAGCGGAGCCAAUCAUAGCUCUUCCGCUGAUUUCGUUCCGUUACGCUAGAAUUGUUUCGCUAGAAUCAGCGGAAUAGCGGAAUAGCCACGCGGAUAACCUUUCUUUUACGUGCAACAGUGAACAAGACCGGCAAGAUGGAUUGUGGAGAAAUUGUACGUAAUAAAAUAUACUUAAUUAACUGAAUUAAUAACAUAAUUGUUAGUUGAAUAACUAUGCUGGGUUACGGUCCUCAAAUGUCACGCUUGUUUAUCAAAGGAUUCCGGCUCCAUAUUCCGCUGAUUUACUUCCCUAAUGUCCCACGGAGCGGAAAAUGUACAAGCGGAAUCAGAUUUCAGCCAAUCAUGAAACAAUUAGUACAUCACGUGAUCCGCUUCCGCUUACAUUCCGCUUCGUGGGACAUUAGAGAACAAGAAAAGACGGAACGAAAUCAGCGGAAGAGCUAUGAUUGGCUCCGCUUUGUCUCCGCUUCCGUUCCGUUUCCGCCUUCCGCCUCUCGUGUGCCGUCGCCCUUAGGGUGCCGUCCCAUGGCACCCUAA